GGAAUGGCUGGGGUUGGCUGAAGAGCGCACAGUGGAGUUUUAAUGUCCGCCAUGUUGGCCAUGGCGUAUUGAGGAGAGCGAGCGAGCGAGGAGCGGAGCGGCACAGCCUCCCACCCUCCCGGCUGGUGUUAGUGCCCGGACGGCGGGCUCUGCGCUCCGCCCCUCCAGCCCCCGGCAGCGGCAGGCGCGUGGGGACCGAACCCCCGGUUCUCCAUGAUCCCGCUGGCCGGGGCCGUUUCCCCAGAGCGGAGAGGUAUCUGCUGCGCCUGAGAUGAGUAAACUGUCGUUUCGGGCGCGGGCGCUAGACGCCUCGAAGCCGCUGCCGGUGUUCCGCUGUGAGGAUCUGCCCGACCUGCACGAAUACGCCUCGAUAAACCGGGCCGUGCCGCAGAUGCCCACCGGAAUGGAGAAGGAAGAGGAGUCGGAACAUCAUCUUCAGCGGGCGAUCUCAGCACAGCAGGUGUAUGGCGAGAAGAGGGAUAAUAUGGUUAUUCCAGUUCCAGAGGCAGAAAGUAAUAUUGCUUACUAUGAAUCUAUAUAUCCUGGGGAAUUUAAGAUGCCAAAGCAGCUCAUUCACAUACAGCCUUUUAGUUUGGAUGCUGAGCAGCCUGAUUAUGAUUUGGAUUCGGAAGAUGAAGUAUUUGUGAACAAACUGAAAAAGAAAAUGGACAUCUGUCCAUUGCAAUUUGAAGAGAUGAUUGACCGCCUGGAAAAAGGUAGCGGGCAGCAGCCAGUCAGUCUGCAGGAAGCCAAACUACUGCUAAAAGAAGAUGAUGAAUUAAUUAGAGAAGUUUAUGAGUACUGGAUUAAAAAGAGAAAAAACUGUCGGGGGCCAUCACUUAUCCCAUCAGUAAAACAAGAGAAGCGCGAUGGUUCCAGCACAAAUGAUCCUUAUGUGGCUUUUAGAAGACGUACUGAAAAAAUGCAGACUCGAAAAAAUCGCAAAAAUGAUGAAGCUUCUUAUGAAAAAAUGCUUAAGCUGCGUCGAGAUCUAAGCCGGGCUGUUACUAUUCUAGAGAUGAUAAAAAGAAGAGAAAAGAGUAAAAGGGAGCUAUUGCACUUAACACUGGAAAUUAUGGAAAAGAGGUAUAAUUUGGGUGACUACAACGGUGAGAUCAUGUCUGAGGUUAUGGCACAGAGACAGCCACUGAAACCCACUUAUGCCAUCCCUAUCAUCCCUAUUACCAACAGCAGUCAGUUUAAACACCAGGAAGUAAUGGAUGUGAAAGAGUUUAAAGUUAAUAAGCAAGAUAAAGCCGAUCUUAUCCGACCGAAACGGAAAUACGAAAAGAAGCCCAAAGUCUUACCGUCGUCUGCUGCUGCUACUCCUCAACAGACGAGUCCUGCUGCACUGCCAGUCUUUAAUGCUAAAGAUUUAAAUCAGUAUGACUUUCCCAGCUCAGAUGAAGAACCUCUCUCCCAGGUUUUGUCGGGCUCUUCGGAAGCUGAGGAAGAGAAUGAUCCCGAUGGUCCCUUUGCUUUCCGUAGGAAAGCAGGCUGUCAGUACUAUGCUCCUCACUUAGACCAAACUGGGAACUGGCCUUGGACUAGUCCUAAAGAUGGAGGAUUAGGGGAUGUGCGAUAUAGAUACUGCUUAACUACUCUCACCGUACCCCAGAGGUGUAUUGGAUUUGCACGAAGACGGGUUGGGCGUGGUGGAAGGGUCUUACUGGACAGAGCUCAUUCAGACUACGACAGUAUGUUUCGCCACCUGGAUUUGGAAAUGCUUUCCUCACCACAACAUUCUCCAGUCAAUCAGUUUGCCAAUACCUCAGAAACAAAUACCUCGGACAAAUCUUUCUCUAAAGACCUCAGUCAGAUACUAGUCAAUAUCAAAUCAUGUAGAUGGCGGCAUUUUAGGCCUCGGACACCAUCCCUACAUGACGGUGACAAUGAUGAACUCUCCUGUAGAAAGUUGUAUAGGAGUAUGUAUCGAACAGGAACAGCACAACCUGGGACCCAGACAUGCAGUACCUCCACGCAAAGUAAAAGUAGCAGUGGCUCAGCACACUUUGCAUUUACAGCCGAACAAUACCAGCAACAUCAACAGCAACUGGCACUAAUGCAGAAACAGCAGCUUGCACAAAUUCAGCAACAGCAGGCAAACAGUAACUCCUCCACCAACACAUCACAGAACCUUGCACCUAACCAGCAGGAAAGUGGCUUUCGCCUGAAUAUACAGGGUUUAGAAAGAACUUCACAGGGUUUUGUUUCCAAGACUUUGGAUUCUGCUAGUGCUCAAUUUGCUGCUUCUGCUUUGGUGACAUCAGAACAGCUGAUGGGGUUCAAGAUGAAGGAUGAUGUGGUGCUUGGGAUUGGGGUGAAUGGCGUCCUUCCAGCCUCAGGAGUCUACAAGGGCUUACACCUCAGUAGUACGACACCAACAGCACUUGUGCAUACCAGUCCAUCAACAGCAGGCUCGACUUUGUUACAGCCUUCCAAUAGUACACAGACUUCAAGUUCCCACAGUGCACUGAGUCAUCAAGUAACUGCUGCCAAUUCUGCGACAACUCAGGUUCUGAUUGGGAACAACAUUCGAUUAACUGUACCUUCAUCAGUUGCCACUGUAAACUCUCUUGCCCCAAUAAACGCACGACACAUACCUAGGACUUUAAGUGCUGUUCCGUCAUCUGCCUUAAAGCUGGCUGCCGCAGCAAACUGUCAAGUUUCCAAGGUUCCGUCUUCAUCCUCUGUAGAUCCAGUUCCAAGGGAAAGUCAUGAAGCAGAGAAGCCAGCACUGAACGCCAUAGCGGACAACACAGUAGCGAUGGAGGUGACGUAGCUUCCGCAGGAGCAGGACUCCGCCUGGGGGCGUGAUCAGGUGCUAUGCAUCGGUAGCAUUUGAAUGCAGGGGAGGAUGGAAUGCAGCACAUGCGUUUCUGUGGCAGCUGUGAGGACUUGACAGCAGCGCUCAUCUCUCAUGCUUCAGUUUUCUUUUCUUACUGUUAAUAGGAAAAAUCAACACCUGUAAAUUAAGAAUACAGCAAUUAUCUGUACAGUCCUGCAUAUUUGUAAUACCCUUGUAUAUAUGUUACUUGAAUACAGAAAUGUUCAUUUGUGAUGCUUUGCACUUGGGGGUGGGGAGGGUGGGAGGGA